AGGGAUAUCUUAUACUAAUGUAUGUACCAAUAUACUCUUCCAUUUUGGCCAAAACAUUUCCUAUCCAAAUAAUCCUUAGGUUAGCUAAUCUGACAUAACAUCCCUCCUACAGUCAGGCAUACAAGUCGGUGACAAUAACCCUUCGUAAAUUCAGGGCAUUUCCGCCGUGGCGUUUCGCCUUAAUUUAACCUAUUUCCUCUCCAUCUUCCGCUCCAUCUUUUUACAUACGCUACUGGAUUUAGCAGUAUCUACAAAACCCUUUACGAGCGCCUACAAUGCUUAUCCGCUCCCAGAUACCACGUCUCCCGACCCAUCCCGAAGGCGAGAGGCGGGUUGAACGUACUAUACAUAUUCUUCACCCUUAUUACGGUAAUAGGAAUGGUCCGCUGUUGCAUUUCGGCGAUUAUGGUGAAGGGGUUGAUUACGAGCUGGUUAUUUACGCCUGCUGCGUUGUAAUGGAUAAUGCUUGGCCUCUUGAGAUGAUGGGCCAUGAGAGGAUUGAUUCGUGAUACGACGGCGGACUUAUUACUUACGCAUAUUUAUCGCUCUCCAGCACGCCCGAUACUAACCAGGCUAUAGGGCUCCGCGAACAUAGCGAAGUUCUGAGGGAGCCGAUCUACUAUCUUCAUAAUCUUGAAGGCGACGGUAAAGUUGUUCAUUUAUUUAUUUUAUUUUAUUUACUUAUUUUCGUGAUCUAAUGAGUAAGGCAGUGUAUUAUCCGUUUACGCCGGAUUUCGACCAUUGGGUAUUUCCCCACAAUGACAUCCCUCCUCCGUGGCAGUGCGUACAGAUAGGCGAUGUUGAUACAGUACAAACCGAUAUUGCCGCAGCGACCCUUACCCGCGACGAUGAGCGCUGUCGAAUAACUAACUCGAUGACCGCUUUGGAUGCUGCCCAUAUAAUUCCUGCCGCUGAGCUAGCGUGGUUUGACGCCAAUUCGAUGGCCUUGGAUACUGGUUCCGGAUCCGGAUCCGGAUCAAUUGAUAGUAUCUAUAAUCGGAUAGCCCUUCGCAAAGACGUACACCAUUUAUGGGAUAAAACCUGGGAGAUUAUCAUGUUCCCUAGGUUGCUUUAUGGAGAUAGGUGCUCCUUGAUCGUUCACGCGUUCCGAACCCGCCGUUUAAGUAAUUACGAAGUACGGCACCACUACCAUAACCGUCAAUGCCAGGAAUUACGAAAUAUCGAUCGGCGGUUUUUAUUUGCCCGUUUCGCAUGGUCUAUCUUCCGCUCAAGUACUGUCAGACUUCUUGUUGCUGGGUCCAAGGAGCUUAAGCUUUUAGGCGCCGAAACGACUGCGGGGUAUCCUAGAACUAAUGUCAAAGUUGUCAAAUCGGCGGGUCAGCUUCCUAGGUUCACACGAAACACCAACAUACGACCGCCGUCGGGUGCCCGGGCAUCCAAACGGUCUCGAUCUGGACCUGAUGACGCCCGAAAUAUAUAUGAUGCCGAAGAGGAUUAUGACUGUCCCUUUUGGCACUAUAACGAGUAUAACGAGAUUGAGUUUGUCGAUGACUCAGACAACGAAGGGGAUAGCGAAAGGAGUAGCGAGCCUAGGUUUUGGCGUUAUACCGCCGAUAAUAAGAUUGAAUAUCUUGAUACGGAUGAUGACGACAGCCGUGGCCGCAAACGCCGACGGUUUGGGAGCUUCGGAAGCCAGACUCCCCCGGCACUCUCCGAGUCUUUGCUUACUGUUAGUAGCGGGGUUCGCGGCGAUAGCGCUGCAGCGGAUGCUUAUGUUACAAAACCCGAGCGGGAAGACGAUUCAUAAGGUAAUGUUUCUAGCACAGCUUUACCUGAUUAUCAUGUCGUAGUGCGCGAUGCGGGAAACGUAUAAUACCCUAAGUUGACGAAAGGUUAUUGUUACCGACUUAUUCUGGGCAGGAUAAAAAUUACCGGAAUAAGCUCUUUUAUAGAGAAUAGGGCUUUUACGGCUUUUGAUUAGGUGCAAAAGGGAGUUACUAAUCUUUGAAGUUAAGCGUAGUAAGUGCGUUAUGGAUGUUUAUUUUGAGUACUGAACUUUUGCUUAUAGGGUUUGCUUAGCUCACGAGUAGCGCGAGCUUUAUAAAUUUAAGGUUUUUAUUUAUUGCGAAUAAAGUGUCUUUUAUUAAUAGAAAAAUUAUAAAUAAAUUUAAAUAAAUUAAAUGAAUAUAGUAUAUUUUUAUAACAAAA